AUGGCAGCGUAUUUCAAGUGUAAAAGUGCUAAAGAUUAUGAUUCAAUUCCAAUGUUUGAUCAAUUUAUUUCUGUUGGGAAUUUGAAAUCAAAAAUAUUUGAAUCCAAACGUUAUGGUAGGGGUAAAGAUUUAGACCUUGUUGUCACCAAUGCACAAACUAACGAAGAUUAUGUUGAUCAAGACACUUUGAUUCCUACAAAUACAAGUGUUUUGAUUCGUCGCGUUCCUGGAUUACCUCGCUUGACCAUAGUAAUUGCAGAGGAGACAGAGGAAGCGUUGUGUGACGAGAAGGAGGAGGAGGUUCAUGCAGUUAAAAAAGAGUCAAAUUCAGCCAAAUAUUUUCAAGAUUUUGAUUGCCAUGAUUUUGGAGAUGAUGUGUAUGCAAUUCAAAAAUCAGUGCCAAGUGCCCUCACUAAUAGGAUAAAUGAUGAUGAGGAUGCUAAGAUCAAGAGUUUAACUGUCUCAGUCGGCAAGAGAUCACCGGAGUCUAGCACAAGAUCGUCUUUUCUUAAUGGUUUUGGUCGAGGUGGAAUGGAAUAUUGGAAAAAGCCACCAUCAGGGUAUGUGUGUCAUCGAUGCAACGUGCCUGGGCAUUUUAUUCAGCAUUGCCCUACAAAUGGUGACCCCAAUUAUGGUAUCAAGAAAGUGAAGCCUCCAAGUGGUAGUACUGUUGGAGUUUUGAAGUGUAACGAGGCUGCUUUUUCAAAGGAGGUUGAAGGGUCGUCAUGUUCUUCUUCUUCGUCUUCUAAGCGUUCAUUCAGAGAUAUACCACCAGAGCUUCAUUGCCCGUUGUGUAAAGGAUUGAUGAAAGAUGCUGUUAUGGCGAGCAAGUGUUGUCUUAGUGGUUUCUGCGAUAAAUGUAUAAGGGAUCAUAUUGUCUCCAACUCUGUUUGCAUAUGUGGGGCUAGAAAUAUACUUGCUGAUGCCCUCUUGCCUAUCUUGACUCUAAGGGUCACAAUAAACAGAAUCUUGGAGUCCAGUACCGGUAGUUCCUCAGCGCAUAGGGUUAGAGUUCACAAUACACCGGCUAAUAUUCCAUUACCUCUACCUCUUCGAAAAGAAGAGACUUGUAGGGAACUAAAGACGGUAGAAGAGUGUCCACUAGCUGUUGAAGAAGUAAAGAUGAAGAAAAGGAAGAAACCAAGUGAUGAUGCUUACAUACAAGACCAUGUUGUUGCUGAUAGUUACAUGUCGACGAUGAACCCUGCUGUCUAUUAUCCUCAUUGCCUGGGCAUGCAAUGCAUGAGCUACGGCCACCUUGUCUUACCAGAUGAGUCGGGUUUUAAAAGGACUAAGCGCGAGAUGAGUAGUGUGUUUCCUAGUGUAAUUAUUUGUUGA